AGAAACCUCCUCCGUGAAUCGCCCCGCGCCUCCUCCUCGAAACCGGCGCGCGUCGUCGUCCUCGCCUCCGACGGUCGCCUCCACGCGGCGAGCGCGCGACGGGACGGAGGGAGCCACUUCCCACCCGCUCACUCGCGGCGCGCCUGAUCCCUACGCGGGGGGGGGGGGGGGGGGGUGGAGGUCUUUUCGCAUGGAGGCGGUCGCCGGGCGCGGAGGCGAUGGCGAGUCGGCAGGCGAGCUGCUGCUGCGCGCGGCGGCGCUGGUGCCCGCGGAGCACUACGCCGUCGCGGCGCUCGCCGUGGUGUCGGUCCUCGCGUACCGGUUCCUGGAGCUGCACUUCCUCGGGGACCUCCUCCGCGGGUUCCGCGGCGGCCGCGUCGAGCUCACCUUCCACCCGGCCUCCGAGAUCUACCACCGCGUAGCCUCCAAGUGCCGCUCCCUCCACGGCAGGUAUCUGGCGACGCCUUGGCUCGCCAGCCCACAUUUGCAGACACUGUUCCUGGGCAUCUCUGGGAGGCCACCUACCUUCACAUACAAAAGGCAAUUGUACACAGUACGUGAUGGUGGGACCAUUGCUUUGGACUGGCUGCUUGCCGCUGAUUCGAAGGAUUCAGAUGGGAUCCUUUCUAAGGAUACUUCAACACCACUUGUAGUUAUUCUACCUGGAUUAACUAGUGAUUCUGCUGCUGCUUAUGUAAAACACUUGGCUUAUUCCAUGGCGACGAAGGGGUGUAACACUGUUGUAAGCAACCACAGGGGUCUUGGUGGUGUGUCCAUCACUUCAGAUUACCUCUACAAUGCUGGAUGGACAGAAGAUCUCAGAGAAGUCAUUAAUUAUCUGCAUCACAAGUAUCCAAAGGCUCCAAUGCUCUGUGUUGGUACAAGCAUUGGGGCCAACAUUUUGGUUAAAUAUCUUGGAGAAGAAGGUGAGAAUACUCCUGUGGCCGGUGCUGCAUCUAUUUGUUCUCCAUGGGAUCUGCUGGUGGGUGACAGAUUUAUUUCCCGCAAGCUUGUGCAGAGGUUUUACGAUAAAGCCCUGGCCUUUGGUCUCAAGGGCUAUGCAAAGCUGCACCAACCUGUAUUGGCCCGACUUGCAAAUUGGGAAGGUAUUAAAAAGUCACGCUCUAUCCGGGAAUUUGACCACCAUGCCACUUGCAUCGUUGCAAAAUAUGAGACAGUAGAUACCUACUACCGUCGGUGCAGCAGUGCUAGUUAUGUUGGUACUGUGUCAGUCCCCUUGCUUUGUAUCAGUGCUUUGGAUGAUCCCCUUUGCACAAGGGAGGCCAUCCCUUGGGAUGAGUGCAGGGCCAACAAGAACAUUGUUUUGGCAACUACUCCAAAUGGUGGGCAUCUUGCAUUCUUUCAAGGACUAACUGCUGGAAGUCUAUGGUGGGUCGGAGCUGUUUCUGAGUUCCUCUUCGCUCUUCUUGACAGUAAAUGCAUGCAUCAGCAAAAGGCACAAGACCAUAUUUUGCAUUCUUCCUUGGAGUCUUCGAUUGAUAAGAGCCCAUAUGUCAAUGUCAUGGAUGGAAUGGUAGCCCCGGUGACAGAUGAUGGCCCUUCUGAUGAUGUCUCCCCUUUUAACCAGACGGUUGAUGACAUCAAACAAGAUGAUGAGGGUAUUACACUACAGAAUGAACACACCAAGGAAGUAGAUGAUAAGAAUAUCGCAGAAGUAAAUGCAAUGCCUUCCCAAAGUCCUGAACAGUUUGCUGAACAGCAAGGAGAGGAACACUACGUUAAUAAGUUCCAUGACACUAUUGCUCCAGUUAAGAGAUCCAUAAACCAACUCACUCGGUACCAGGGGAAGUCAGUCUGGUUGCUUGCCUAUAUUGCUUUUGUAACAUCAUGGCCACUCCUUGGGUCCUUAGCUUUUAUCGCAUUUAGGAAAAAGUUUAGGAAUAAUUUGACAGCUAAGUGGCUUAGAAGAUAAAUAAAUUGUGCUCCCACAAGUGUUUAUUUCAUUUGCAUCAUGUGAAACUCAAGAACUGUUUAAAGGUCUGUACAGCCAUUCGAUUUCACUUCAGUCCUUUACAGUUCAUAUGUACAAUUUCGUCAAGUCAAUAGUCAAUAACCGUGUGUGACAGUUUCUGCA